AUGCCCCAUCAUUAUGCGCAAUGUCGUAUUCACGUUUCGGCUGUUCCAUAUGUGCUGAUCAGUCUUUCAAGACUGAUGUGUUUCAUUAUAUGGCAAACGGUAUCCGCACUACUUGUGGAAUGUCUGCCUUCAGAACGAUUAUUUUUUCCUGGAGAAACACUUCUUCAGAAUAGUUCACAAACCGAAAUUACAGGCAAUACAACCAGUUCGUUAGCACUGGGACUCAACGCCACACAACCCAACACCCAUGAAGCUGACGGCGAAUCUUUUGUAGAGGAGAGUGCAGCUAUAUGGGUCAUUACUGUGAUAAGCGGAACCUGUAUACUAACCAUAGCCUUCAUCGUGCGUGCCCUGUUUUCACGUGCCGAGGCGUUCCGUGACCCUCAGGAAAUAAUGUUCAAUCCGGAUAUGGAUGACGCACAAAUGGGAAUAGGUAGUGUCAUACCUGGAUCCGAUCUUGGCUACUUA